AUGAUGCCGGGACUUGUGGACGCCCAUAUACAUCCCCUCAGUGGUGGAGCAGGUCUCCUCAAGUGCAACAUGAACUUUCAGCCCUUGGGUCUUAGUAAAGUCCUCGAGAAAAUUCAGAGUUGUCUUGAUGACGAAAAGAAUAAGACGGAUAAAGAUUGGCUAGAGGUCAUUUCUCUUGACUACUACGCUUUGGUUGACGAUACGGGCGGCGUUACGAAAAAGGACCUAGAUAAAAUCAAAACGAAAAGGCCUAUUCUGGUGGCGUCAGCUGAUUCGCAUACCUUCUGGGUCAACUCAGCGGCGCUGAAGGUAUCAUCCCUCACAAGCAAGACCAAAGACCCACGAAAUGGUAAAUUCGAGCGACUCCCAGGAAGUCAAGAACUUUCAGGGAUUUUGCAAGAUUCCGCGACGAGUUUGUUAGCAGGACCGGCGCCACCAACAGCUGAGGACAAUGUUCGAUCUGCCAGAGCAGCAUUGAAGCUUCUUCGUGAGGAAGGCGUGACAAGUUUCCAAGAGGCUGCGUCUACCGAAGAUACAGCUCUUGCGUUUGCGGCUAUCAAGAAAGAGGGAGGCUUGACAGCUCGUGGCUUUUUCGAUUAUCUCGUGCAGCCACCUAACAACACUGCUGGAAUUGAUCUGCUGGAAUUGAUGAUCUGGUGA